AUGGAAGAGUUUCAGAUCAUUAGACUACACCUCUCAAUUGGAUGGGAUUCGGGAAAAGCAGAGAGACAGCCUUUGUUUGGUUUCCUCCCUGAGAGCAGCGAACCCGGGCGAGAAGAAGGCGGAGGAAAACUACAUCAGCCGCCGCCGCCGCCCGACGUCAAGGGCAGCGGCGGACGCGACGACCUGCACUCGGGCGCGGCGCUGCACCACCGGCCGCCCCACCUGGGCCCCCCGCACCAGGGGCACCCGGCGGCCUGGGGGGCGGCGGCGGCCGCCCACCUACCCUCCAUGGCCGGCGGGCAGCAGCAGCAGCAGUCGCUCCUCUACUCGCAGCCCGGGGGUUUCACGGUGAACGGCAUGUUGAGCCCCCCCCCCGGCGGUCAGAGCCUGGUGCACCCGGGGCUCGUGCGCGGCGAGACGCCGGAGCUGGGCGAGCACCCCGGGCAUCACCACCACCACCACCACCAGCACCCCGGGCACCACCCGCCGCACCACGGCGGCGUCAACAGCCACGACCCGCACUCGGACGAGGACACGCCGACCUCCGACGACCUGGAGCAGUUCGCCAAGCAGUUCAAGCAGCGGCGGAUUAAGCUGGGCUUCACCCAGGCCGACGUGGGGCUGGCGCUGGGCACCCUCUACGGCAACGUCUUCUCGCAGACCACCAUCUGCCGCUUCGAGGCCCUGCAGCUCAGCUUCAAGAACAUGUGCAAGCUGAAGCCUUUGUUGAACAAGUGGCUGGAGGAAGCCGACUCUUCCACGGGCAGUCCCACCAGCAUCGACAAGAUCGCCGCCCAGGGCAGGAAGAGGAAGAAGCGGACCUCCAUCGAGGUGAGUGUCAAGGGGGCCUUGGAGAGCCACUUUCUGAAAUGCCCCAAGCCCUCCGCCCAGGAGAUUACGAACCUAGCGGACAGCCUGCAGCUGGAGAAGGAGGUGGUCAGGGUUUGGUUUUGCAAUCGGAGGCAGAAAGAGAAACGGAUGACCCCCCCGGGGAUCCAGCAGCAGACCCCCGACGAUGUCUACUCCCAGGUCGGCACCGUCAACUCCGACACGCCGCCCCCUCACCACGGACUGCAGACCAGCGUGCAGUGAGGGGCACCGCGGGCGGGCCGGGCAGCGCGGGGGCAGCG